GCCUACGUAUGUCGUCCCCCCUUCUCUCUUUGUCCCUCCUCCAUAGUAAGAAUCAACGGAGCGCUAUCAAUCUGCUCGCAUCCUGCUGCAAACCAGGAUGAGCCACCACCACAACAACCUUCACUUCACUUUCACGUUCAUUUAACCCCUCUCUUUCUGACACAACGACCAGCCGCGGUCCAUGCUUUGCCUGCUUGAGAUGCGAUUUCGCUCUCCCUUUUCCCGGAGAAUAUCGUCCGUUACUCCCCACUGAAAGACCAUGCCAGAGAAGGGGGUGGCGGGAGCAGCAGCCGCUGCAGCUGCCGGUAGCAGCUCUUCCGACUGCAGCGGUGGCACCGAGAGCUCGCGGCACAGACACCGAUCACAAGGCGAAGGGGAAAAGACAGAUCAAAGUGCUGCCUCCUCGCAGCAAACGUCCUCCGGAGUACUGGAUAAGUUAUUUGGGAAGCGGCUGCUGCAGGCUGGGAGGUACAUCAUGUCUCAUAAGUCCUGGAUGAAGACCGUGCCCACUGAGAACUGUGACGUCCUCAUGACUUUCUCAGACCGGACAGAUGACCACACGUUGCUAUGGCUACUAAACCACAUGCGCCUGGGCAUUCCAGAACUCAUCAUCCAGAUCCGACAUCACAAACACACGCAUGUCCACGCCUUCUUCGUCACGGCAACAUAUGAGAAUCUGUUGCGUGGGGCAGAGGAGAUGAGUCUGAGAAAGUCAGUGAAGCCAGAGUUUGGGGGAGGAACACGCAGCUUCUCCUGUGAAGAAGACUACAUCUAUGAGAACAUUGAGAGUGAACUAUGCUUCUUCACAUCACAGGAGAGGCAGAGCAUCAUCAAGUUCUGGCUCGACAAUCUACGCGCCAAGCAGGGGGAGGUUCUUCACAACAUACACUUCCUGGAGGGACAGCCAAUCAUCCCAGAGCUGAGUGGGCGGGGCGUGAUCCAGCAGGUGUUUCCGCUCCAUGAGCAGAGGAUCCUCAGUCAGCUGAUGAAGUCCUGGGUGCAGGCCGUGUGUGAGAAACAGCCGCUAGAUGAUAUCCAUGACUACUUUGGGGUGAAGAUAGCCAUGUACUUUGCCUGGCUGGGGUUCUACACCACGUCUAUGCUGUAUCCUGCUGUCAUCGGCUUCGUGCUCUGGGUUCUCACAGAGUCUGACCAGACGAGUCGUGAUAUCUGCUGUGUAGUGUUUGCCCUGUUCAACGUGGUGUGGGCCACGCUCUUCCUGGAGAGGUGGAAGAGAAGGGGGGCGGAGCUAGCCUAUAAGUGGGGUACGCUGGACACCCCUAACGAGUCCCUAGAGGAACCACGGCCACAGUUUAGGGGUGUGAAGCGGUGCAGCCCCAUAACGGGCUGUGAGGAGUUUUACUACGCACCAUGGAGGAGGAGGGUGUUCAGGUGGCUGGUCAGCCUGCCCAUCUGCAUGCUGUGUCUCUGCUUCGUCUUCCUGGCCAUGCUCCUCUGCUUUGAGCUGCAGGAGUUUGUUAUGGGGAUUAAAGAAGUGCCUCGCCUGGCCCGGUUCAUCCCUAAGAUUAUGCUGGCCAUCACUGUGACAGCCUGUGACGAGGUGUACAGGAAGAUAGCCUGCUGGCUCAACGACAUGGAAAACUACAGACUCCAGAGUGCCUAUGAGAAACAUCUCAUCAUUAAAUUGGUUCUUUUUCAGUUUGUAAAUUCUUAUCUCAGCCUUUUCUACAUUGGAUUCUACCUCAAAGACAUGGAGCGUCUGAAAGAGCUGUUACUGGUGUUCUCUCUGGGACAGAGUCUUCUCAGGCAGCUGAAGGACAAUAUGCUGCCUUUUCUCUUCCUCAAGAUCAAGCUGCUGGUCGUCACCAUCCCCUCGGUCAUCAAGGCCUCCUUCAGGUCCAAACGUCUGGCUAUCUGUGGAUUUGGACGUCUGUUCUAUAAGAUGCUGGCCACCCUGCUGAUCAUCCGUCAGUUUGUCCAGAACGUGAAGGAGGUGAUGCAGCCUUACCUGUACGAGCGCCACAAGCUGGGCGAGCUCACCUUGCGCGGCGUCUGGGACCUGCUCCUCUCAGCCCUGCUCAAGUACUGCCGGCUGGCCGCAGGAAAGCCCCAGGCUUCACCCGCCGACCAGGCCAUGCCGGGCCCUGGCCUGAGGGGAACCAAACCCGGGGUGGGACUGCCUGACCGCAGGGAGAAGAAGUGUCUGAACGGGGGAUGUGGGGUGCCUGAGGAGGAGGAGGGAGAGAGGGAGGAGGGGGACAGUGGGAGGUUCAGUGAGGGAGAGAAUGAGGUAUCGUCUGAGAGUCUGAUAGACUGUGGCCUCAAGCUGAGGAAGGUCAGCUUCAUAGAGAAGGUGGACAGGAAGUCGUCAGGAGGGGGCUGCGUCCCCACAAUGGAGGACAGUUUCCUGGAGGACGGCAGCCCCACUAUGGUGGAGAAGGGGAUGGACCCGGCAUCGGUGUUCGAGACCUAUGAUGAUGACGAUGACAAUGGCGUCACUGAGACAAAGGACACGGGAGGUUCGACCAAUGAGAGUAUGGCGGCUGCCCCGCUGCCUUCUGGGCCGGAGAGCACGGUGACGGUGCGUCAUCGCAGAAGGCAGAGGAGUUUGGAGAGGGUGGACUCUAAGACCAAGCGGGAGUCAUGGAUCGACCCUCCAGAGGAGCAGGAGAGUACGAGUCUGACACAGGCUGAGAUAGAGAGCUGCAUGCAGACAUAUGAGGACACCUUCCAGGACUACCAGGAGAUGUUUGUCCAGUUCGGCUACGUGGUCCUCUUCUCCUCAGCCUUCCCCCUGGCAGCCAUGUGUGCCCUCAUCAACAACAUCAUCGAGAUCCGCAGCGACGCCUUCAAGCUCUGUACCGGCCUACAGAGGCCCUUCGGCCAGAGAGUGGAGAGCAUCGGACAGUGGCAGACGGCGAUGGAGGCCAUGGGUCUGAUCGCCAUCAUAGUCAACUGUUACCUGAUUGGUCAGUGUGGUCAGCUGCAGCGCCUCUUCCCCUGGCUCAGCCCUGAGAUGGCCAUCAUUUCCAUCAUCAUCCUCGAGCACUUUGCCAUCCUGCUGAAGUAUAUCAUUCACGUAGCGAUCCCAGACAUCCCCAGCUGGGUCGGGGAGGAGAUGGCCAAACUGGAGUACCAACGCAGGGAGGCUUUUAAGAAACACGAGCGGCAGGCGCAGCAGCACUAUCAACAGCUACAGAGGAGGAAGAGAGAGGAGGAGGAGAGGCAGAGGCAGGCGGAGCACCAGGCUCGCAGGGAGAGGGAGAGAGAUGAGGGGAAGGACUCCUCCGGGGGAGACCACCACCACGACAAGAGCCACGGGGGGAAGUCCCGCACUGGGGGGGGUGGUGGGGGGGACAAGCCCAAGAGGCCCAGCUCCCUCCUGGCCAACAACAACGUGAUGAAGCUCAAACUGAUCACACCCUUACAGAGCAAGUUCUCCUCCGGCAGCGCGCGCUCCCCUCAGUCUCCCACCGGAAACGAACCCAAGCUCCCCGGGUUCCUCAGCUUCAAGUUCCUCAAGUCGCCUGAGAAUAAGAAGGAAGCGGCGGCUGCUGCCGCUGCAGCCACGGCAACAAAUACCACGACGACCGCGACCGCCCCCGGCGGUAACCAGGAGCGGUCUCAGUCGCCGAGCAAGUCGUUCAACCCGGGGAAACUGUUUAACUUUGGGAAGUCAGAGGGGGGCUCCUGUGUGAACGGGUCCCAGUUACCCCGACCAGGGGAGGGGUCCCAGGGAUCUGACAAACAGCCCACUAAGUCUGACCUGAACGGGGUGCCGGACGAGAUCCCCUCGCCUGGAGAGGAUGAGGAGGAGAACCACACAGACUCCUCAGACCCUAAAGUCUAGCCUCUCUUUGGAGAGGGAGAUGACGAACUGCUGUGACAACUUAACUUAAUACAUCUACUAGACAACUUAACUUAAUACAUCUACUAGACAACUUAACUUAAUACAUCUACUAGAAGGAAAAAGGUGUGGAGGAGAAAAGGUCAUGCCUCUCCAUGCUGUCUGGGUCUGAGGUUGUGUAUGUAGACGCUGCCUGGAGGCUGUUGGGGAAAGGACUAAUGGUAAUGAUGAUGGGAUGUGUGGGUCUGCAUUGUUGCUGUUGCUGAGAGACUUUCAGGCUUAAUGGUGAAGACAUAGCCCACCCUUUUACCCGUGGUCACGCACGCACACACACACACACACACACACACACACACACACACACACACACACACACACACACACACACACACAGAAUCCCCUUUUGUCUGCAAUACAUAUAGAGAUGCAUGAGCUGCAUUUCUGAUACUUUCCGAGCCUUUUCUAAAAAAGGGAGAGCAGUGUUUCUUGAUUUAUUCUAUUCUGAAAAUUGUAAGCAUCUUGCCACUGAAACAAAACACCCUGGUUUUGGGUAAGAAGAAAAAAAUCGAUUGGUGUGUGUGUGUGAAUCAAAAGCAUAAUGAGACCUUUCAUAGUCACCACACAAUGGUGGCCUGAUAUCAGACUCAUUUUUAACUGUGACGGCCGAUCGGCUGUGCUAGCCGAGCAAUAUCAAUAUCAGUGUUUCAAAUCUGAGCCGUACUGCAAAAAACACGUCAAGUUCUUUCUCUUUUACCCACACUCCCAUUUAAAGGCAUACGUGAGGAGUCAUGAGCUUUAUUUACAAAGCAAAAAGCUUUGUAUAUACAGUACCUCCCAUGAAAACAACGGCAAUAUCUGAAGUGUAUGUCUGACACAGUGUGUGGGAAACAGGAUGUUGUGUUUGACGUUGUGAAAGGCAGAGUUGAAAGUCGUUUGAUAAAAGACAGGCUCUGUCUUGCAUCAGAGAGAGAGAGAGAGAGAGCUGUUUUGACUAAUGCAACAGGGUGUUGACGUGGAUAUUUAUGUGGACUAUACAGUACACAGUAUGUGCUAUGGCGAGUCUGGCUUACUGUAGUUUACUGUGUGCCAUUCUAAUCUGUCCCCAUGCAUGCCUGCAAAGACACAUUCUACACAGGAUACUAAUGGUACUCCAUUUCGACACACAGAUCUGACCUAGAUUAGUGAGUAGACUAGACACGGAAAGAGAGAAGAUUUGCACUAAACCCUGACGUUCUGCACUGAGACAGCGGGGCCUGUUCUGACUGCAGGUGGAAGGAAGAACUAUACCGGACUGCCUCAUAACACAACAUAACAUAUGCAAACGCUGGAUUUUUUUUAUCGCUAGUAUCUUAUACUGUAGAUGCUGUUGUCAUUUCAUCCGACAUCCCUAGUUCCUAAAUCCAGGUGGCUGCUGGUCCCAAUCAUUCAUUUGAGAGCUGAUAUGUAUUUUAUAUUGUUUAUUGUAUUUAUUUCCAAUGCAAUUUGUUGCCAAAGCAUCACCUUUCUGAGUACACUGGCAGUGAUAGCAUAGUUACAUUUCCAGAGAGUACAGAUUUCUAAAUUCCUUUUGUAAGCAAGUCCACAGGUAUUAUUCAACCAUUUUAUUUUCUAUAAUGUGGCCAGAGGAUGGUGCCAGAGUACAAGAGAGUGCUUUACACGUCUAACUUAGAGUAGGAGGAAGUUGCCCCUGGAUACUGAUCCAAGGUCAGUUUUGCGUUCCCCACCCCUAUUGCUAACAUUAGGAUUUGGGGACGGUAAUCUGAUGUUAGAUCUGUGCUUAUAAACUCAUAUUACAUCCAGUCUUCAUUGAAAAGAAGAUCCACGGCACUCCACAGCAGAGAGAUUCAGCGGAGCAUUAGAGAGACAGAAACAUUAACUAUGCACCUCCACUUCAUCUCUGGUUAAGAUCUUUGCAAUAAUAUAGUGUUGGAGGGACAGUGGCACAGACACAACACUAGUCCUUUACUGGUCCAUGCCUUGGUACUCCACCUCUUUAGACUGCGUUCCACCACCCAAUGGGAUCUCCAGCUGACCUGGAUUCUCAGUGUGGGUAUCAAUAGUGAACAUCUCAUCACUGCUCUCUCCAUCUGGGCUGAAACACACACACACACACACACACACACACACACACACACACACACACACACACACACACACACACACACACA